AUGGUCGAAAACUACUUACGCUCCACGAGAUUCUACCAUGUCUCUAGGACUGGUGUGAUAAGAGGAUUUCACCCCUUAUUAGCUGCUCUGGUUGAAAGGUGGAGGCCAGAAAUUCACACCUUUGUAUUGCCGGUCGGUAAGGUUACAAUGACAUUGGAAGAUGUCGCUCAUAUAUUUGGCCUACCCAUUGAUGGAGAGCCUGUGAGUGGAUGGAUAGAUUGUAGUGCCGACUUCCUUCAGAGUCAGAGCAUCGCGAUAUUCAGUCGUGAACCAAUAGUUAGUCAUUCUUCGAAAUCCUAUAUAAAGCUGGGUUGGGUUCGACGUAUCAAAGACGCAGAGCCGUUGGACACUGAGGAGUCCAUUAGGAGAUAUGUCAGAUGUCAGAUCUUCUAUUUGUUAGGGUCAACCCUAUUCACGGAUAAGUCGACCGCAUACGCCCAUGCGAAGUAUCUACCAUUGCUUCGCGAUUUUGAGCGGAUCCAUACUUAUAGUUGGGGGUCAGCAUGUCUAGCACAUCUUUACAGAGCACUAUGCCGUACAUCACGAUAUGAUACAAAGGAGAUGGAUGGCCCUUUGAAUCUGUUGUUUAUUUGGGCAUGGGACCAAAUGUCGUGCAUUGCUCUCGUAUCGACACAGACCCUUCCUCCGGCUGAGAUACCAGUUGCCAUGAGGUGGAGUCAUUCGGAACGGACCACAGCAUGGUUAUCGAAGACCGUAGCGAAAUUCAGACAUGAUAUAGAUUACAUGUAG